AUGUCGUCAAACAGCAAGUCCUCUAGCACAGAACUGGCAAUCCCGGACUUGGUGGUGUUGACUUUUGCGCACAAGAAACAGGCUCUGGCAAAUCUGAAUCUUGGAACUUCCAUCUGGCCAUAUGCAGUUUUGACAACAAAUACAUUAAAUGUGUUCAGAGGUGAGAGGAGCCGAUGUCGAAGCAGUAUCUACGUCCUAAGAUCAGGUGAGAGGAGCAGAUGUCGUGACAGUAUCUACAUCCUAAGAUCAGGUGAGAGGAGCCGAUGUCGAAGCAGUAUCUACGUCCUAAGAUCAGGUGAGAGGAGCCGAUGUCGUGACAGUAUCUACAUCCUAAGAUCAGGUGAGAGGAGCCGAUGUCGAAGCAGUAUCUACGUCCUAAGAUCAGGUGAGAGGAGGCGAUGUCAAAGCAGUAUCUACGUCCUAAGAUCAGGUGAGAGGAGGCGAUGUCGAAGCAGUAUCUACGUCCUAAGAUCAGGUGAGAGGAGGCGAUGUCGAAGCAGUAUCUACGUCCUAAGAUCAGGUGAGAGGAGCCGAUAUCGAAGCAGUAACUACAUCCUAAGAUCAGGUGAGAGGAGCCAAUGUCGUGACAGUAUCUACGUCCUAAGAUCAGGUGAGAGGAGCCGAUGUCGAAGCAGUAUCUACGUCCUAAGAUCAGGUGAGAGGAGGCGAUGUCGAAGCAGUAUCUAUGUCCUAAGAUCAGGUGAGAGGAGCCGAUGUCGAAGCAGUAACUACAUCCUAAGAUCAGGUGAGAGGAGCCGAUGUCGAAGCAGUAUCUACAUCCUAAGAUCAGGUGAGAGGAGCCGAUGUCGAAGCAGUAACUACAUCCUAAGAUCAGGUGAGAGGAGCCGAUGUCGUGACAAUAUCUACAUCCUAAGAUCAGGUGAGAGGAGCCGAUGUCGAAGCAGUAACUACGUCCUAAGAUCAGGUGAGAGGAGCCGAUGUCGAAGCAGUAACUACAUCCUAAGAUCAGGUGAGAGGAGCCGAUGUCGAAGCAGUAUCUACAUCAUAAGAUCAGGUGAGAGGAGCCGAUGUCGAAGCAGUAACUACAUCCUAAGAUCAGGUGAGAGGAGCCGAUGUCGAAGCAGUAUCUACAUCCUAAGAUCAGGUGAGAGGAGCCGAUGUCGAAGCAGUAACUACAUCCUAAGAUCAGGUGAGAGGAGGCGAUGUCGAAGCAGUAUCUACGUCCUAAGAUCAGGUGAGAGGAGCCGAUGUCGAAGCAGUAACUACAUCCUAAGAUCAGGUGAGAGGAGCCAAUGUCGUGACAGUAUCUACGUCCUAAGAUCAGGUGAGAGGAGCCGAUGUCGAAGCAGUAUCUACGUCCUAAGAUCAGGUGAGAGGAGGCGAUGUCGAAGCAGUAUCUAUGUCCUAAGAUCAGGUGAGAGGAGCCGAUGUCGAAGCAGUAACUACAUCCUAAGAUCAGGUGAGAGGAGCCGAUGUCGAAGCAGUAUCUACAUCCUAAGAUCAGGUGAGAGGAGCCGAUGUCGAAGCAGUAACUACAUCCUAAGAUCAGGUGAGAGGAGCCGAUGUCGUGACAAUAUCUACAUCCUAAGAUCAGGUGAGAGGAGCCGAUGUCGAAGCAGUAACUACGUCCUAAGAUCAGGUGAGAGGAGCCGAUGUCGAAGCAGUAACUACAUCCUAAGAUCAGGUGAGAGGAGCCGAUGUCGAAGCAGUAUCUACAUCAUAAGAUCAGGUGAGAGGAGCCGAUGUCGAAGCAGUAACUACAUCCUAAGAUCAGGUGAGAGGAGCCGAUGUCGUGACAGUAUCUACAUCAUAAGAUCAGGUGAGAGGAGCCGAUGUCGUGACAAUAUCUACAUCCUAAGAUCAGGUGAGAGGAGCCGAUGUCGAAGCAGUAACUACGUCCUAAGAUCAGGUGAGAGGAGCCGAUGUCGAAGCAGUAACUACAUCCUAAGAUCAGGUGAGAGGAGCCGAUGUCGAAGCAGUAUCUACAUCAUAAGAUCAGGUGAGAGGAGCCGAUGUCGAAGCAGUAACUACAUCCUAAGAUCAGGUGAGAGGAGCCGAUGUCGUGACAGUAUCUACAUCAUAAGAUCAGGUGAGAGGAGCCGAUGUCGUGACAGUAUCUACAUCCUAAGAUCAGGUGAGAGGAGCCGAUGUCGUGACAGUAUCUACAUCAUAAGAUCAGGUGAGAGGAGCCGAUGUCGUGACAGUAUCUACAUCAUAAGAUCAGGUGAGAGGAGCCGAUGUCGUGACAGUAUCUACGUCCUAAGAUCAGGUGAGAGGAGCCGAUGUCGUGACAGUAUCUACAUCAUAAGAUCAGGUGAGAGGAGCCGAUGUCGAAGCAGUAACUACAUCCUAAGAUCAGGUGAGAGGAGCCGAUGUCGAAGCAGUAUCUACAUCAUAAGAUCAGGUGAGAGGAGCCGAUGUCGUGACAGUAUCUACGUCCUAAGAUCAGGUGAGAGGAGCCGAUGUCGAAGCAGUAUCUACGUCCUAAGAUCAGGUGAGAGGAGCCGAUGUCGAAGCAGUAUCUACGUCCUAAGAUCAGGUGAGAGGAGCCGAUGUCGAAGCAGUAUCUACAUCCUAAGAUCAGGUGAGAGGAGCUGA